AUGGGCAAUGUACCAGCCUUCUGUCAAAAUGUGACUCUAACACAGAAUAAUACGUCCUAUGAGGUCUUAUCACAAUGUUGGCCCGAAAAACGCAUUGCUGAUGCGUUACGUCUGUGUUUACCCUUGAUUAUUCUUCCGAUCUCGCUCAUAAACAACAGUUUAUCAUAUUUUGCUCUACGAAGUCGACAAAUGCGCGGCACAUCAACCGCAUUUUUCAUGUUGAUUCUCAGCAUUCUCGAUCCACUUGUUUUAUUAACAAAAAAUCUCGUCUAUUUUCCUGUUUUUAUUCCAGCGAACACAAUCUCGUGUAAAAUAUUAUAUUUUCUCAUUUAUGUCCUCGGUUACACCAACGUUUGGCUUCUUGUUAUUAUGACAAUAGACAAAUUCUUCGCAGUUUGGUUUCCACUGAAAGCAUCCUACUUCUGUACAAUAAGUCGUGCAAAGUGUACAUGUAUAGUUCUUUUUUUCUUGACAAGUAUCGUUUCUUUCCAUCAUUUUUGGACAAUUACUAGUUUAACGCAUCCGCAAAAUGUUAAAAAACAUUUCUGUUAUUAUGACAUGCUGCAUUACGCCUCUUUUCAUCGUCUAUGGCGUUACAUCGACUUCGUUUGUUGGUGUUUCUUUCCGUUUAUUCUUCUCUUAUUAUUCAGUAUACUGAUUAUUUAUAAAUUAAGUCAAAAGCGACAGAAUUCAUCCGAACACAUUCAAAACAUCAUCAGUUCGAAUCUACGAUUUCGAGAAGUCGAUUUAUCAAAACGUGCGAGUGUACUGACCUCGAGUAGUAAUGAUGUUGAAAUGCGUUGUAAUCAAAAGCGCGACGUGAUCCGUUCUCGACAUCGUCAUAUUACAUUAAUGUUACUCUCUGUUGCUGCUCUAUUCCUUCUUCUAACGCUACCUAAUAGUAUCUAUUUCGUACUCGACGUCACCUACGGUUUUAACAAGGCUCCGGUAGUUAACGAUUAUCAUCAAUGGUUACGUUACCGUCGUUUGACCAUUCUCACUAUAAUCAUGUUCCAAUUAAGCGAUUUACAACAUGCAGUGAACUUUUAUUUGUAUUUAUUAACGAGUCAUAAAUUUCGUCGAGCUGUCAGUCGAAUCUGUUUAAUCUUUCUGAAUCUUCUACCAACUUUCUUGACAUGCACAUGUCACGAAAAACUCACCGAAAUCCGAUAUAUCUAUAAAAAUCUGGACAAAAAUCAAUACAGUCUGUCAUGUCGUUCGAGCGUGUAUGGAACACUGAAUUCUGCCCAAAGCUCGCGUCAUAUGUCUCAACAAAUGAAAUCUUUAUAUGUCUACCAUGGAAGUGUAUCCAAGUCGACGACAGCGGUAAUAAAUGAUAUGAUAUGA